UCCCAGGGUCACCCAGCUUCGGUUUAAACGCAGCGCGGGGUCCAAACCCAUGCUACAGUGAGGAGCGCUAGCUCAGCGCAGUACGGCCUGGCCAGGACCCGGGUGCCGGUGUAUCACCCAGAGGGAGAGGCUGCCAGGAAGAGGUGCUGCAUGGCUGCCUGCUUAGAAGAUCCCUCGCUUAGGGCAGGGCUCUUCAAGGCCCCAGCUGCCUGUCCGCCUACCCCAGUGACCCUGCUCCUGAGAGGGACCCGUCCGGCAGGCUCAGUCUUGUUCGAGGAUGCAGACAUACAGAGUCUGAACUUUCUCCUUGCCUGGCCCCAUCUGUCACCUGUCAUCGGGUUUGUCUUGCUGAGUCUGAUGUUUGAUCUGCUGUUAUCUUGUUCUGAAGCCCUCCGUGAUCUUCAAGGUUGACUGAGGCCAAUUCAAGCUUGUCUGCUGGCCAAGGAAGUAGGCCUUGUGUCUCACACCCUGGCUAUGUGUAGCUCUGAGGAGGCAGACUUGCUUCGACUGGAGGAGGUCUUCUCAGCCACCCUUGCCCGCACCAACAGUCUCAUUCUCCAGCCCCUGCUCUCAGCUGACCCGGAACCCUCAGACCCCUGUGGCCGAGAGUGCCUUGGGCUUCUGCAGCAGCUGCAUGAAAGUUCCCAACGGUUAUGGGAGGUGACGGAGCAGAGCCUGCAUUCGCUGCGACAGAGGCUACACCACCCGCCCUCUGUGGGUCUGGAGACCCUGCUGUUACUGAACAGUGCUGACCAUGUCCUGCAGGCCCACAUGGAGUACAUCAAGUCGUAUACUGACUGUGUGGUGGUGCAGGCCUUCCAGAAGGUCUCCAAGAGGAGGAGCGAGUACUGGAGGAGCCAGUGGAAGAAGCUGCAGCAGCUGCUGUCCUGGGCGAGCUCUGAGGGCUCGGUGGGCACCACACUGUGCCAAGCCCUCAGCCAGCCGCUCACCCAGCAUGUGCAGAAAUACAUCCUCCUCCUCUUGAGCCUCAGGGACACCCUCGACAAGCGCCACCCAGCCCAGGAGCUAGUGUUGCAUGCAGUCACCCUGUUUGGGAACCUGCAGUCCUUCCUGGGGCAGGCCUUGGACCAAGCUGUGGCCACACAGGCCCUGUGGUACAGCCUCACCAGCCGGGUGAGGGAUGUGCUUUGUACCCCCGCUCACCGCCUCCUCCAGGACAGCCAGGACAUCCCCGUGGUGGUCACCCCGCUGCGGGCUGAGCGCGUGCUACUCUUUGAUGAUGCCCUUGUCCUGCUUCAGGGCCACAAUAUCCACACUUUUGACCUGCAGUUGGUGUGGGUAGACCCUGGCCCAGACAAGCGUGCGCUUCGAAUCCUCACGCCUGAGGAAGAGCUCUCCUUUUGCACCAGAGACCCCCGGGACCAGGUGGUCUGGCAGUGGAAAGUGACUCAGGCCGUGUGCCAGGCCCUGCAUGGCAAGAAGGACUUCCCUGUGCUGGGGUCCGGCCCGGAGGCAUCCGUACCCCCUGACUGCCGCUGCUUGGCCUAUACUUUCCGCCGUGAGGGCCGGCUCUACCAGGCUACCUAUGAGGGUGAUUGGUGCCGGGCCAAGCCCCAUGGCAAGGGAACCCUGAAGUGGCCGAAUGGGCGUAACCAUGUGGGGGAUUUCUGCCAGGGCCUGGAGAAUGGCUUUGGCAUCUGCCUGGUGCCCCAAGACUCUGAGGACAAGUUUGACUGUUACAAGUGCCACUGGCAGGAAGGCAGCAUGUGUGAUUAUGGCGUCUGUGAGUACGGCAAUGACGAAGUGUACAAGGGCUAUUUUCAGGCCGGCCUUCGGCAUGGAUUCGGUGUCCUGGACGGUGCCCAACAGGCCUCCCAACCCUUCAGGUACACGGGCCACUGGGAGAGAGGCCAGAGGAGCGGCUAUGGCAUUGAGGACAACAGUGAGAGGGGUGAGCGCUACAUUGGCAUGUGGCAGGCUGACCAGCGCCAUGGCCCUGGGGUUGUGGUCACCCAGGCAGGGGCCUGCUAUCAAGGAACAUUCCAAGGGGACAAGAUGGUUGGCCCAGGCAUCCUGCUAUGUGAGGACGACACUUUGUACGAGGGCACUUUCACCAGGGACCUGACACUCCUAGGGAAGGGCAAGGUCACCUUCCCCAGUGGCUUCACCUUGGAUGGUUCUUUCAGCAGUGGGACACAUAAAGGACUGUACACACAGGGAGUGCUGGACACAGCCGCCACCCCUCCCAACCCAGCCAGUACGCGCAAGAGACAGCUGGGGCUGGGCGCCUUCCCUGUGGAGAGCCGCUGGCAGGGAGUCUACAGACCUUUCCAGGACUUUGUGCGUUCAGGCUGUCCUGGGGAACUGCAGGAAGCCCUCUUGGGCUUCCAUGUGCAGAGCUCCAGGGAGCUCCGCGAGUCCCAGGAGUACCUGAGCUGUGAGAGGAGCCACCCCAAGGACUGUGCGGGCAGCAUGGAAGACAUCCUGCAGGAGCUGCUGCAGCACCGCGAGCCCCAGGCCCUGCAGCAGUACCUCAGGAAGGCUCUGAGCAAUUCCCGGCACCCCCUGGGGAGGUUACUCCGUACCCUGAUGCUGACCUUCCAGGCCACAUAUUCAGGCAUAGGAGCCAACAAACACCUACAGGGGAUGGCCCAGGAGGAGGUGAAGCAACAUGCCCGGGAGCUUUGGGCUGCCUACAGGGGUCUGCUGAAGGUUGCUUUCCAGCGCCAGGGCCAGACCCUGGAGGAGGAGGACGUGGAGACAAGGAACCUGCAGGUGCACGGGUUGCUGCUGCCCCUCAUCUUACCCAGCUUCUACUCGGAGCUCUUCACACUCUACCUGCUUCUUCACGAGAGAGAGGAUGGGCUGUACAGCCAGGGCAUCACCAACCUCAGCCUGUUCCCUGACACGAAGCUGUUGGAGUUCCUGGAUGUGCAGAAGCACCUGUGGCCCCUCAAGGACCUCUGGCUGACCAGCAAUCAGAGAUAUUCUCUGGUCCGGGACAAGUGUUUCCUGUCAGCCACUGAGUGCCUGCAGAAGAUCAUCACCACUGUGGACCCUCGGGAGAAGCUGGAAGUGCUGGAGAAGACCUAUGGGGAAAUCGAGACCACGGUGUCUCGGGUGCUGGGCCGGGAAUACAAACUACCCAUGGAUGACCUUCUGCCGCUGCUUAUCUACGUGGUGUCUCGAGCUCGAAUUCAGCAUCUGGGAGCUGAGAUCCACCUGAUCCGUGACAUGAUGGACCCCACCCACACAGGUGGCCUCCAUGACUUCCUGCUCACAGCUUUGGAGUCCUGUUAUGAGCACAUCCAGAAGGAAGACGUGCGGCUGCACCGCCUGCCUGGCCACUGGAACUCGAGGGAGCUCUGGUGACACGGCCGCUCUGGACCAAGGGCAAAGCUGGGGCCACGAGGCUGCCUUGUGGGGCAAGCACUGCGCACCUGCUCCCCGACGCCUGGGUCAGGGCCGGCUGUGGAGGUAGUCCCCAAAGAAGAUGGUGUCUUGCUUCCUAGAGGGACAUGCCCAGCUGCUGCAGAGUGACCCCACAGCCGAUAACUCUCCUUUGGCCUCCGGUGUGGGCUCUGACGACCUUUGCCCCGGAAGUAGCACCGUCUUGGGUGAGGAGCCCUAGCUUCACUCCGCCUCAGCCCUUACUCAGUGGCCAGAACUCUCUUGGCUGCCUGCCAUGAUUUCCAACACUCUUCCAGUCCAGUUCACUGGGCUCUGCAGCCCUCCCCAAGAUCUGGCUUCAUUCAGUUUCCUUUGGACUGAUACGGAAAUUCUCACUGUUCAUCCCAUUUCUAUUUCUCGGCUCCUGACCAGAAAGCCCCAAACUGCAGAAGGCUCGGUUUGUUCCGUUCCUUUUCCCAUGAUCAUCUGCCUGGGGACCUGUCUCCUCCUCAGCUGAGCUUCAGGCUUGAGCUGGCCUCUCAGGAAGGGCUAAGGUACACACCCAAAGUCAGGGCUGAGACCCCUGGGAGCCUCAGGGACAACCGCCUUCAGAACCUCUUGGAAAGUGUGGAGCACUGUGAAGAGAGCCUACUAUUCUCCUACCCUGCUGUCCCCAGAGCAAGCAAAGAUGUCCCCAGAGCAAGCAAAGAGGCUUUCUCUGGCUGGAUCCACCAAAUAUUUCAGCAUGGAGCCUGGGGCUUGAGUUCUGCCAGUAACUUGGUCCCCAGGAACAUCCUUGGGAGGGUCAAACUGAUGGAGGCCUCUCUCUCAGUGACAGUCCUAAGUGCCUGUAACACAGUUCAGCUGUGACAAAACCCUGCCACCUACUCCCCUGUUGCCAACACUAACUGAACUUGGGCCUCUGGUUCUUGUGGGUCCACAGGGUUUCCAUAAUGUCCUGGUAGGUUCCAGGAGCAGCCAGGGCUAUAACAAACCCUUGGGACAAAACCAACAUGUGAAGGGGGUUGCAGGAAGAAAAUUGACAGUACAAAGGGGUGCCAGCCAGCCACCCACAUUUGGUGCUUCUGGAGGCUGGAGGGCCGUCUCAGUGAUAGCCUCUCCCAGGUGGGCUCUUUUAUAGUUGUAAACUCUCCAGACUAGAACAGCUCCCGUUUUUUUUUGACAUGUGAGCCAUGUAAGAGGACAGUCUUAGGAGUGGCUGUCAUCAGUGCCCCUACUGCCAUAAGGGAAUCUGCAGGCCAGAUGUCAUACCCCCUCACUCCACCUCACUUCGCAUCUCCCUAGAAAGUAGUCCCAGGGUCCUGAGGGAAGAAUGGGAUGAGACCGGAUGUGGUUAACGUCUCUUACAUCCAAGCCUUGCCUUCUUCCUUUCCCCUCCUGCCCCAUAAUGGAUUGUUUUCGUUUUUUCCCCAGCCACUUCUCUGGGGGAUGGCCACAGUUACAGUCUACUUAUUUAUUCGGCAUUUUUAAUAAAUCCACUUCAUCUUCA